AUGGGGAAUGCCGAGAGAACGCACGAAAUUGAAGGGCGAGAAACAAGCUCCCAAGUGGACAAAUCAGCCAUUGUUGGAAGAGAAAAUGAUAUAAAUGAAAUAUUGAGGAUGUUGCUAAAUGAAACUAGUGAUGUGGUAAACGAGGUGCCCAUUGUCAUUUCUAUUGUUGGAAUGGGGGGUUUGGGCAAGACCACCCUUGCUCAGCUCGCCUACAACAAUGGGGAUGUGAAGAGGCAUUUGGACAUCAGGAUGUGGGUGUGUGUUUCCAACGAUUUUGAUGUGAAACAAAUUGCGAAAUCAAUCAUAGAAUCUGCAACUGGGUCUGGUUGCGAGUCAUUAGCCUUGUCCCCAUUGCAGGAUCGGCUUCAAGGUAUAUUGCAAGCAAAGCAAUUCUUGCUUGUACCCGACGACGUUUGGAGCAAUGACAGCGAGAAGUGGGACAAGCUGAGAGUUCCCUUUCAAGCUGGUAAACCUGGGAGUCGAAUCAUCGUGACCACUCGUAUGGAAUAUGUUGCAUCAACAAUGGGAAGCUCUCACAUACACAAACUGCUGGCCUUAUCAGAUGAUGAAUGCUGGUUAUUGUUCAACUGUAGAGCGCUCGAGCAUCAGAGUGCAGAGGAGCAUUUGGAGCUAGAAGUGAUUGGAAGGGAAAUUGUAAAGAAGUGUGGAGGGGUGCGUCUCGCAGCAAAGAAAAUAUCAAGUGCCUUGCGCCUGAGAAAGACAACAAGGGAGUGGGAGGUUGUCUUGGGUAGCGAGAUAUGGAAUUCAGAAGGCAUUUUACCAGCUUUGUGGCUAAGCUACCAAGACUUGCCUCCUGCUAUGAAGCAGUGUUUCGUGUAUUGCUCUGUUUUUCCUAAAGAUAGGAUGAUAUGGAAGGAUAGGCUAGUCAAGUUAUGGGCAGCACAAGGUUUCAUCCGUUCUGAGGAAAGCGGAGAGAUUGAGGAGAUUGGUGGGCUGUAUUCUGCUGAUUUAUUAAGACGCUUAUUGCUCCAAGAUGCAGAACUUGACGAUUACAAGAACAUAGUCAUUUGCAAGAUGCAUGAUUUAGUUCAUGAUCUUGCACAAUUUGUUUCAGGAAGUGACUGUUCAACGGUGGAGAUCAGAAAACAAGCCUCAUCAAACCUAAACAAUAUCCGCCAUUCUUUUUUAAUUUUCAGUGAUGAAGCUGGUGAAGUGGCUUCCAUUCCGGUCACGUUAUUUAAGGCCCACAAGUUGCGGACGUUGCUACGAGACUCAAGAAUCUCCAGGGUUCCACAGAAUUUAUUUCAUCAUUUGAGAUACCUUAGGGCAUUGGACUUGAGUGGUGCUCGCAUUCAGAAAUUGUCUCGAACAAUAGGACGGUUGAAACACCUGAGAUAUCUUGAUUUAUCUUACACAGACAUAGUGGAGCUGCCAGAGGAGGUGAGUAAUUGCAUAAAUUUACAGACCCUGAGACUCAACCGCUGUGAAAAGCUAAAAAAACUUCCUAGAGGGAUGAGAAAAAUGAUUAGCCUAAGACAUCUAGAAAUAAUAUGCACUUUCAUGCUGAUGUACUUACCGCAGGGUAUUGGAAGACUAACUGGCCUUCGGACAUUAACAGAGUUCAUUGUGGGAGGUGGUGAUGAAGGAUGUAAUUGCAGAGAACUGAAAUACCUCAAUCAUCUUCAAGGAAGUCUUCGAAUUAAAGGCGUGGGAAAAGUCAGGAGCAGGGAUGAAGCUAGGGAGGCAGAACUGGAUAAGAAGCAGCACCUUCAUGCUCUAACCUUGAAAUAUGGAUAUGAUGAACGAUUGGAUGAUGAUGAGGACGUGCUUGAAAUCCUCAAGCCCCACACAAACUUGAAAGAGUUUAUAAUACGGUCUUACAAAGGUUCCAAGCUUCCCAAGUGGAUAGAGGAUCCAGUGCUCUCUAAUCUAGUCAAGGUGAAACUCAUGCGCUGUGACAAGUGUAAUCAGCUGCCAGGUCUUGGGAAACUACUGUCCCUUAUAUACCUUCACAUACAUUCAUUGAAGGAAGUGAGAAAGGUGGGUGGCGAGUUUAGUGGGGAUGCUAACAAUGAUGGAAGUGGUGGUGUUGUCUCAUUCCCCAAGCUGGAGACCCUCUUCUUCUUCAAAAUGCCAAAUUGGGAGGAGUGGGAAUUGCCAGAGGGAGAUGGACAGAUUAUGCCAUCACUUGUAGAAUUAAGAUUAAAAUCGUGCCCAAAGAUAAAGGCGUUGCCACGCAACCUUCCGCCUCUCCUCCAGAGGCUGAGUUUAGGAAUAAGUAAUGAUGGAUUGUCAUUAGAAGCACCCUUACCCAUCUUCCUCAACCUUAACCAUUUGGAGAUUUGGGGUAAUGAUGAGCUAACAUCACUACCUGGUGGUUGGUUGGGACAACUCAAAGCCCUCCAAACUCUGCAAAUCAACAAUUGUAACUGGAUGGAGUCUCUACCAGAAGAGUUGCAAAACCUCACCAUGCUUCAACAAUUGAGGCUUGCAUCCUGUCGAGUCUUAGAAGAGCGCUAUCAAGAUGGAGGAGAAGAUCGGGACAAGAUUGCCAACAUCCCAAGUAUCAAAAUUGGUUGA